ACCGAGUUGUUGGUUUUAAUCUUUCAUUCAACUUCGUACAGCAGUUUUUGUUCAAAGUACGAAUAUAACAUUUUCAUGGAAAGCACUGUACAAGUGACGGAAGAGGUGUUGCUAGCCGCCGCCGCUGUUUUCCUGUAAUUCUCGGUUAGUCACAUGUUUUCGUGCUUUCUGCCGUUUAAGUUAGGUUAAUAACAAAAAACAAUGGAAUCACAAAGUGUGUGCGUCUUCAAAGAAAAGUUUGAAAGAAAAUUAAGCGAGCAGAUUUUUAAGGAGAAUUCAGUGUCAAUUACAAGUGUAGAUAAUUAUGCACAGCUAAUAAACGAAGUGAUGGAAGCAAAAGCUAAACAAAAGAAAACGUCGCUGGACCAUAGACGAUUAAAACGAUAUGAUGUUUUGACGGUAGGAACAGCAACAAAAUUAAUAAUGCCUCUAAAUACAUCUGUAAAUAAUGAAGUGAAAUACUUUGUACAUAAUGGUGAAAUAUUCGAAAUUUUAAAAAACGCACAUAUUGAAACUGGUCAUGGUGGAUUACAUAAAAUGUAUAAUGCUGUAAAAAGUAAGUACGUUAAUAUAUGACGUCAAAUAAUUCAACUCUUCAUAAGUCACUGCGAAACAUGUGCGAAAAAAAGAGCACAUCCAAAAAAAGGAGUUGUAAUAAAACCAAUGGUUUUUAACGAAGUUAACUCACGUGGACAAGUGGACUUAAUAGACAUGCAAUCGUGCAAAGAUCGUGAUUUUAAGUUUAUAAUGAACUAUCAAGAUCAUUUGAGCAAGUUUGUAAUUUUACGUCCUUUAAAAACAAAAACAGCAGCUGAGGUUAGUUACAAUUUAAUUGAUAUUUUUUGCAUUUUUGGUGCUCCGUCAAUACUCCAGUCAGAUAAUGGACGAGAAUUUGUUAAUUGUGUCAUAGACGAAUUGACCGUCAUGUGGCCACAAUUAAAAAUUGUACAUGGCAAACCGCGCCAUUCCCAGAGUCAAGGGAGUGUAGAAAGAGCCAAUCGGGACGUGGAGGAAAUGAUAAGAGCUUGGAUGAUAGAUAACGAUUCCACUCAAUGGAGCGAAGGUUUGCGUUUUUGCCAGUACCAAAAAAAUAAUAGCUUCCAUUCUGGAAUCAAGCAAUCGCCGUUUGAAGCACUGUUUGGAAGGAAAGCCAAAUUAGGACUAGCAUCUAGUGCUCUUCCACUUCUGUUAUUGAAAGCUUGAACACAGAAGAAGAUGUAGAAGAAGUAACUGGUUCAGUGAUAAAUGAAACUUUAGUGCAAACAGAAGAAUCAGAUCAGAUUGAGGAGGAAGAUGUUCAAACUACUGAAGAAAUAUUAUUUUAUGAAGAAUCGGAUAAAUCAGAUCUGAUUGAGCAGCUAGAAACCCAAACUACUGAGGAAAUAUUACUAAAUGAAGGAACGGACAAAAUAGACCAAAUUGAAGAGAGCGAAGUCCAAACUA